AUGGAGACGGAAGCAGCUGGACCUGCACCAAUCAGCAUCCCGGGUUCCACCCGUACGGACACUGGAGCAGAAACUUCUGACCAAGCCAGCAGGCCACACAUCAUCACAUUCGGUGAUGAGCCGGGGGCUGGAAAACUGCGCAGCCCACGCGGAGUGGCAGUUUCCCCCGACAACAAGAUCUGGGUGGCUGAUCGGUCUAAAUCGCACCUCCAAGUCUACAGCAUGGAAGGUGCUUACCUGUACCAGUUCCCACAAGCUACUGGGCUAGGGUACCCAUCAAAGGAGCCAUAUGAUGUGUCCAUCGACAAGGAUGGCCAUCUGUGGGUCUUGAUGAUUGGAUACCCUGCCAGCCCUGACUCCGUGGUACAGGUCAGCAGGGCUGGCCAUCUCAAAGCCAACUUUGACCUGCCUGACACUGUGCCACGGGGAGGGGUCCGCGGAAUGGCCGUGGGUCUGCACAAUGACCACGUGUUCGUCACAUGGUCUGACGGUUACAGCCGUGGUGGUGUGCAGGCCUUCACGCCGGAUGGGACACUCCUGUGGGGCGUCGGUCCGCGGAUGAAGACACCUAUGUUCGUCGCCGUUGACGGGAAAGGAGACAUCUUCGUCUCCGACUUCGGCACUCACUUCAUCUACAAGUAUGACGAGGCCGGCCGGUACGUGAUGAGGUUCGGAGGACCGGGAGUGGGUGGUGGUGAGCUGAGGUAUCCCGAAGGCAUCUGCGUGGACAGUUCUGGUCACAUCAUGGUGGUGGACCAAGAUAACCAGCGCGUGGUGAUGUACACCGGCCGGGGCGUGUAUGUCCGCCACAUUGCCGCCCGUGCUGAAUACCCAUCAGGGGUGGCAGUGGGUCCGGGGGGACAGCUGGUUGUGACCAAUAAAAACACAAUCACUGUCUUCACCGGCUACUGA